UGGUUGAUGCCGCAUGCGAUGCCGCAUGCGGUUCUGGGAAUGUUGAGCCUCCUAGCAAUAUCAUUUCGUGGGUGCCCCCUCGUAUAAGCGUGGACGCCACACAUUUAUUUACAACUGACCAGAUAUUUGAUACUCGUGAUGAGCUUGAACAAUGGGCUAAGAAUGUUGGAAAGGCGAAUGGUUAUGUGCUGGUGAUCGCAAGGUCUGACUAUGCUAUAAGUGGAGGAAAGGUAUUUGUUACUAUUAAGUGUGCGAAGCAUGGUAUUUACAGGCCAUACAAGGACCCGAAUACAUUCAAGUACAAAAAGACCGCAUCACAAAAGACUGAUUGUAAGUUUAAUCUCAAAGGACGACCUACGAAGGGUGAUAGAAUGUGGUGGCUGAAAGUGAUGGAUGGUAAACACAACCAUGAACCAGCUAAAUCACUAGUUGGCCACCCCUACGUUGGUCGACUAACAGAGGAAGAGAAGGGGCUUGUGGGCACCAUGACUAGUACUUGGACUCCACCGAGACAAAUACUAGCGGCAUUGAAGGAAAACAAUCCAAGUAACUUGACUACAAUCACUCAAGUUUACAGUUGCAACAAAAGGUUUAAAAAAGAGGAGAGGGGACCAUUGACAGAAAUGCAACAUUUGAUGAAGAAGUUGGUAGAAGCCAAGUAUGUUCACUUUGAAAGGCAACAAGCUGAUUCAAGUGAGAUUAGGGAUCUCUUUUGGGCUCAUCCUGAUGCGGUCAGACUCUUCAACACAUUCCCUCAUGUGGUCAUCAUGGAUUGCACGUACAAGACAAACAGAUAUCAGAUCCCCUUGCUUGAAAUGGUUGGUCUCACUUCUACGGGGUUGACUUUCUCCAUAGCAUUUUGCUACAUAGUUAGGGAGCACACAAUUGACUAUGUUUGGGCCUUGGAGUGCAUGAAGUUUCUUAUUGCCGAUGAUGCCGGAUUACCUCAAGUGAUUGUGACUGACAGAGAUUUGGCUUUACUGAGUGCUGUUAAGCAAUGUCUCCCAAUUUGGAACAAUUUGAUGAGGAAUGGAAGAUGGAAGGAAAUGUGUGUCAUGUGUAAGGACUUCCCAGAUUUCAUAUCCUACAUUUCUACUACAUGGUUAAAGCACAAGGAGAAAUUUGUGAGUGCGUGGACCAAUUCUGUGUUGCAUUUUGGAACUACAACGAGUAACAGGGCUGAAAGUGCACACUCAACCUUGAAGAGGAUGCUGAAAGACGGCAGAGGUGACUUGUGCGCCUCGUGGGAUGCAGUGGAUAGGUUGACCACUGUACGACACAAUGAAAUCAAGGCAUCAUUUGAGCGCAGUAUCAACCUUGUAGAACAUCGUUUCAAGUCGCCCAUGUAUACAAAUAUCAGGGGAUUUGUGUCCAGAAAGGCCAUGCAACUCAUGGAAGAUGAACAGAACAGAGUGAUGCGUGAUGGUUGUGGAUGCGCAUUCCAAGUUACCCAUGGGCUUCCUUGUGCGUGUGCACUUCAUAGUUAUGAUAGAAUUCCGUAUGAGGCAAUCCAUACUUUCUGGAAGAUACUUGGUUGGGACCAUGUACCCAUUGGGAGUCAAGCCUCAAACCAAGGAGACCUCAAGUCAGAGAUUGAUGGCUUGACCGCUUAUUUCAACACUUUGGAUGUUGCGGGCCAAAGUAUGCUACGGAGGAAGGUAAAGGAGCUCUAUUGUCCUUCUAGUAGUUCACUGUGUCCUCCUCAAGUGAAGAUAAAGCCCAAGCGCUCGUCCAAGGCUAUGGAGAGUAAACCACUUAGUCAACAAAAACCAUCCUUACAGCGUGAUCCUUGUUAUUGGGAACAUGUUAACAAUAGCCUCAAGCCAACACCUAACAAAGUCUCUUGUCCUCGAAACAAGAAGUCUAAGAAGAGCAAGCAGUCCUCCACCAGCAUAUACUUGGAUGAUUUGCCAUCUUUCUUCCAUCAAUAUAUAGAAAAAGUCAUAUAUGUUAUUGCAGAUGGUAAUUGUGGUUAUAGAUCAGUUGCUGCAUUGUUCAGACCCGACAUAGGUCAAGACGGUUGGCCUUUGAUUGGGGAAGAGUUGCUUGUAGAACUCUCAGAGAAUACCGCUUACUAUAGCAACAUAUUUGGUUAUGAGAGGGUUCAGUCUCUACAAAAUCGUCUCAUCCUUCCGAUUGGUACAAUUGCAACUGAAGACAAGUGGAUGUCUCUACCGGAGAUGGGGUACCUCAUUGCUACGAGGUUGCAAGUUGUCUUCAUCUCCAUUUCACUAAAAGGUUGUUACACUUAUCUGCCAUUGAGAGGAGGCGCCCCACCGGAAGUACAUCCCGUUAUAGAAGUUGGUCACGUCACCAACCACUUUGUUCAGCUCAAGCUUAAGCCGGGACAUCCUAUGCCAACAAUAGCUCCCCAAUGGCCGUUUUUGGCCAAAGAACCCACCGACCAAUGGAUCUUCCCGUAUGCGGCGCGUUUGGCUACAUUUACGGCAGAAUUGAAUGCUUGGAUUGAUCCUACGGGUGGUCCUCAAGAGAAUGUCUUUAUAGACCUUGGAGAAGAUUGA